UCCAUCUGCUGUUUCAUCAGCCAUCACUGAGCGCUUCCACUUCCACCGAACAACAGCGCAGUAUCAUGCUGCUCUCUCCUGCAGCUGAGCGCAGUCAGGAAGGUUUGCUGUCGGUGCUCUGGGAGCUCCUGGAGGAUCAGUCUCACCGUGAGCUGUUUGGUCUCGAGUUGGGAUCAGGCACAGGGCAACAUGUGGUGCACUUCGCUCAAGAAAUGCCCUUUGUAACAUGGCAGCCAUCAGACAUCAAGGAGGAAGCACAAAACAGCAUCAGAGCUUACAUUGGAGCCACUAAAGCAAAAAAAGUGCUGGAGCCGGUGUUUCUGGAUGCCAGUGAACCCUGGGAGAAAUGGGCAGGACUUCCACGAAGCUCCUGUGACAUUAUUAUAGCAAUAAAUCUGCUUCAGUACAGCCCUUUCACCACUGCAGAGGGUGUGUUUAAAGGGUCUGGGCAGAUACUGAAACAGAAUGGCCUUUUAAUGACUUACGGACCGUAUGCUAUCAAUGGGACCAUCACCCCAAUCUGCAAUGAACAACUGGACCAGACGUUACGCCAGAUGAACCCGGACUGGGGUCUUCCAGACGUCGAUGUGCUCAGACAGUUGGCGUUCAGUAACGGAAUGAGAAUGGAACGAAUGAUCGAGAUGCCUGAGAGUAACAAAUGCCUUGUCUUCAGAAAACUGUAGGAAAUCUUUCCAAUCCGUGAACAUGGAUCCAGUUUGCAGAAUAAAAUAUUUACGAUGUUUC